UUUUUCGGUGUUCAUAUUGUGGAGUUUGUCAGCUAUUUGUGCUAUUUUUUCAGGCAAUUUUAUUAAAAAAUUGCAAUCAUUAAUUCAUCAAAUAGAAAAAUGGUGCGAGGAGCAAUGCGGGGUGGUAGACCAAUCCGAGGUGGACUCCAUCGGCCACCAUUUAAAAAGACGUUUAUUCCAAGACAUCCUUUCGAUUUGACUUUAGUUGCUGAGGUUCUAUUUCCAAAAGUGUCGCCCGCAGUUGAUGAUUCUAAUCUCACUGCAGCCCUUUUAAAGCGUAACCAAGACCUCAGUCCAACCCCAGUUGAGCAAACUUCAAUUGGAAAUUUAGUGACAAAAGUUCAGUCAGUUCUAGAUAAUCUGGUGGUGGCACCUGGUGAUUUUAAUACCUGUCAGUUGGAGGAGGUGCGUCAAGUGGGAUCCUUUAAAAAAGGCACCAUGAUAUCUGGCAAUAAUGUAGCUGACAUCGUUGUUAUAUUGAAAACAUUACCAACAAAAGAGGCGUGCGAAGCAUUGUCUAAGAAAGUGGAAUCUGAUCUUAAAAAUGCUAUGAAAACUGAGGUAUUAACAAAAGCCGAUCAAAUAUACACAACAAUACAUGAUCGUGGAUUCGAUGUGGCGAACUGGCAAGCUAAAGUUCGUAUUUUGAUAGCAACACUUCCUCAAAAUUUACGAAAAUUGGAAGCCGAUAUUCACCUUGACCAGAAGCUAAUGCAAGCACAUCUCGCUGCUAUUCGGCAUACAAGAUGGUUUGAGGAAAAUGCUCAUCACUCUUCUAUCAAGGUGUUGAUUCGCAUAUUAAAAGAUCUAACAAGAAGAUUUGACGCGUUCGCGCCACUUUCACCUUGGAUGCUCGAUUUAAUCGCCCAUUUAUCUAUUAUGAAUAAUCCAUCUCGUCAAGCAUUGCCUAUAAAUUUGGCAUUCAGACGUGUUUUUCAAUUGCUAUCUGCUGGAUUAUUUUUGCCCGGUUCAGCUGGAAUAACGGAUCCAUGUGAACCAGGUCAUAUUCGAGUACACACUGCAAUGACUUUGGAACAACAAGAUGUUUGUUGUUUAACUGCUCAAACCCUCUUACGUGUUCUUGCUCACGGUGGAUAUAAGCAUAUACUGGGUUUGGAAGGAAAUACAAGUAUAGUUCGGGAAAUGUCAGUAUGGAACGGAGUGGUAGUCUCACCUCUAGAGGCGGUGUAUGAAAAGCCUGCUGAUAAAAAAGAUGGCGAAGGUGAGGAAGAUAUGGAAGCUGUAGAAAAUGAUGGUGUAGCAGAUGAUGAUACAGUUGAGUAGAUUUACUCUAUUCUAAUAAAAACCAUCUUUUUACAUUUAAUUUAAACUCAAACUUAUGAAAAUAAAUUCAUGUCACAAACUGAUAA